AACUGACGUGGGGCCGCUUCCCCUCCGCCUCCUGGCCCCACCUAAUGCGUUCUUCCUCAGGAACGGGCACACUGCCUGCCGGUUGUCGCCCUCCCUCUUUUGCUCAGGGAAGAGCCAAGCCGGUGACUUCAGGCGGAGCCAUGAAUUCCUUGCAUCACUGGGGUUGCAGGGAAGCAUCGUGUGAGACGCUUCCGGAAGGAGAACCGCCAGUUUGAGUGUGGCCGGAGGAGGGGCAGCCCCAGGAGGAGGCUGCCGGGAGAGGGGGCCCUGCCGUCCUAUAGGGAGGGCUCUGGGGGGCAGGCCCACUGGGGAGCCAGGACCGGAGGCUGCUAAUGCACCUGCUGCCGGCAUCGGGGCAGACUUACUACUAGAUGAAGCUGCUUGUCUGUGCUGUCCGCCUCCGAGCGCUCGCCAGGCCGGCGGCCACCUGGGAGCGUCUGGGGCCCAGGAGCUCCCCCAGUCCCGGGGAGAGAUGCUGGGCUUCCACGAAGGCUGUUGAAACCAGGUCUGAUCUGCUGUCUCGACCCUGUGUCACCGCAAGGAUCAUGCGGCCGGACGAUGCCAAUGUGGCUGGCAACGUGCACGGUGGGACCAUCCUGAAGAUGAUCGAGGAGGCAGGAGCCAUCAUCAGCACCCGGCACUGCAACAGCUGGAGCGGGGAGCGCUGUGUGGCCGCCCUGGCCCGCGUCGAGCGCACCGACUUCCUGUCCCCCAUGUGCAUUGGCGAGGUGGCGCACGUCAGCGCGGAGAUCACCUACACCUCUAAGCACUCCGUGGAGGUCCAGGUCCACGUGAUGUCGGAAAACAUCCUCACAGGUACUAAAAAGCUGACCAAUAAGGCCACCCUGUGGUAUGUGCCCCUGUCACUGAAGAACGUGGACAAGGUCCUGGAGGUGCCUCCAGUCGUGUACUCCCGGCAGGAGCAGGAGGAAGAGGGCCGGAAGCGGUAUGAGGCCCAGAAGCUGGCGCGCAUGGAGACCAAGUGGAGGAACGGGGACAUCGUCCAGCCUGUCCUGAACCCAGAGCCCAACACGGUCAGCUACAGCCAGUCCAGCCUGAUUCACCUGGUGGGGCCUUCCGACUGCACCCUGCACGGCUUCGUGCACGGAGGCGUCACCAUGAAGCUCAUGGACGAGGUGGCAGGAAUCGUGGCCGCGCGUCAUUGCAAGACCAACAUAGUCACCGCCUCCGUGGACGCCAUCGACUUUCACGACAAGAUCAGAAAAGCUUGCUUCUGGCAGACACUAGCUCACUUUCUCUUUUGCAAAAGGGUGAGGCCGUUUGCCCCGUUGCUGACCGUUUUCCUUCAGGAUGAGGAAUGAAAACGCCCAGGCAGCGGCUGAAGACAAUAAUGGUGGCAUGUGGUUGCUGUCACUGUCAUGGUUCGGGAAGCCCAGGCGGGAACACUUAAAGCUGGACCUGUGUGUGGAGAAGCCAUUCUCCCCAGACUGGGUGGGAAGUGAGGAAUCUUCUAGAAAAUGCUCCCGGCUGUGUUAUGUAAGACACACCAGGCUACUUCAUUAGCUCUGUGCUUUUCUGAGGAGCACUCGCUGCUGCUGCUCUCUCUGCAGCUCCAACACUGAGCUGUCCCUAACGUCUGGAACCCUUGGCAGCGCGGCUGCUGUGGGAAGAGCAGUGCCGAGCCAUCCGGCCCACUCCAGGGACACACGGCGCACCUGCCCUGAGCCGCAGGAAGCCUGCUCAUCCCCACUUCUCCAGCCUGGAACCUCCCUGGGCCGCACAGCCGGCUCCUCACCGCCGGGCUCCAUUGACACGGGCAUCCACUGCCAUGGCCCAGGCCUUGCCAUUCGGGUGACGAGCUCGUAGCCUGGACGUCAAAUGCAGCACCAUUCACCCUUGACCCUUACGAACCUGCUGGAGCGGCGGCUGGCCCACGUGGUUGGGUUCGAAACUCUCCUGGCUUUCUCGAGCCUCGUGCAAAGCACGGCUAAGAGUUCUCACAGUUAGGGGAGUUCAGCCCCAAGGAAGGCCCCGCUCCCUCCGUGUCUCUGGCACUGGCCUUGGCCCAGGGCCCUUUUCCCACUGAGGUUACUUAGUCCUGCCUCUGGCUGUGCCCUCCAUCUCAUCAGCUUUGCCUGGGGGCCACCGCCGGGCUGUUCCCCACACCAGUUGCCGGCCACAAUUAAAGGUAAGCAGAAUGGCAGAUGCUGCCCCUCCGUGGCACCUCCUGCAUUUCCAGUACUCAGUGGCCACACGUGGCUGGUGGCUGCUGUAUUACACGGCACAGAGAGAGGACCUUCCCACCAUCGCAGGAAGUCUGCCGGGCGGCGCUGGUCUCUGGACGGUCUGGACUCCAUCCCCAGCGCCUGGUGCUCUGGGAGGGGUUUCCGUAGACCCUAGAGGUCCUGUGGACACUCAGCACAAAGCCUAGUGCCCCAGUGCCCCCUUCAGUGGGGUCCCAGCACCACCCAGCUCCCUGCAGCGCUGGGCACAGAGCUGUCCCACGAGGCCGCAGGGCACCCCGCUCCAAGCUCGGGGCUCCAGAUGGCGUUCACUAGACAGGCCUACUUCUUGGCUUCUUGCUGGUACCCACGGGGCUCUGCUUUUUUCUGGAAUUCACAAGAGGAAUUUGACAGAAGCUCCAGCUCCAAAUUCAGUUAGGCGUCCAGCGGUUGGAGCCCCCAGACAGGAGACUGGCAGCGCUUACAAGAUACCAGACAGUACGGCGGCCUCGGCCUCCUUUCAUCUCAGUUGGAUACUUUGUGGCAAGAGAACCUUUAAUUUCCAGGCCUGAUAGAACAGUGAACCACCGACCACCCUUCCCACUGCAAACCCGGCGGGCCGGGACCCUGGCCCAGUUGCCUUUGGGGUUUGUCUGUUGGUUCUUGGAGCUGCAUCAAAUUUCUAGAUUCCUCGUACUGUCAUAGAGUCCCUGCUUGAAACACGGGACUGUCCCAUGAAGCGAUAGAAACAUAUGACGAAUCCACAUAAAGGUUUGUAAAGUAGCGUUCUCCCGACUCUGCGGUCACUUACGAGGUAGUGUGGCCGCAGCCCCCACGGGACCGCGUCAAAGGCACCCGACGCUGCAGCAGCCCUGGUGGGUGUGUGGAUUUUCUAGGGCCGCCGUGACAGUUUACCGGAAACUUCACGGCGGAAACGACGCGGAUUUGCUGUCUCAGUUCUGGAGGUCGGAAGUCUGACCCGGGUCUCACUGAAGUCUGACCCGGGUCUCACUGGACUGAAGUCGGGGGCCGUUCUGGAGACCGUAGGGAAGAAUCCCUGCUCGCCUGUCCCGCCUUCUAGAGGCCGCCUGCCCUCUCGGCUCUCGGGGCCUCCUCCGUCUCCAGAGUCGCGGGAUGGUGUCUCUCUGACCCUCGCGACGACGCUGGGCCCACUUGGAUAGUCCAGGCUGGUCGCCCCCUUAGAACCACAUCGUAAAGCGCCUUUGCCACACAAGGCCACAAAACCCCUAGGGGCAGGGGAUUAGGACAUGGACAGCCCUGGUGGCUGUUGCUCCCCCUGCCGUCGUGGUCUGUUAAUUCCGCUCGACACAGGCAGCUAGAGCUCCAGACCAGUUCUGAGCGCUGCCUUCUCCCCGCCCUGUGUCUUCUCCUAACGCUCUGUAGACAGGACCCUCGCAGAGAACACAGGAGAGCAAGAAGUAGCUCAACCCUGGCGGGCUUCAGGGAGACGUGGCGAGGAGACGCUGCUCAGUCUGCCCGAAGCCCCUCAGCUGCUCGAACCCAGCACCUCUAGGCCCCGGGGGAUUCACAGCGAGGCUGCGGGGUGGUGAGCGCUGGGGGUCGGGUCCAGAGGGUACUUAGGUCCUGGAGUCCUGAGUCCCGGCCUCUCAGACCUCGCUCACAUGCUGGGCGAGCUGAGCUGCAGCCCUGGCCUCCCCGAGCGGGGACCAUGACCGCUGUGGUCACGUCUCGGCGUCCAAUCUGGCACAGGUGCUGAUCUCCUGGGACCCAGGGAGAGAGGGCAAGGUUUUUAAUGCUUUGCUACCUGGUGUUCCUCACAAGCUGAAAACAUAAAGUCUCCCUCGUGCAUGCUGUAGCCCUUCUGAGUCAUGUAGACGGCACUAGAAGCAGACUCCUGGCCAACGUAUUCACGCUCGCUACAGAAUAAGGAAAAUGUGAUCUGCUUUAAAUGUUACUUAUUACCGUGUUGGUGCAGUUCUGCACCCAGAGACCCCCAAGAGCAUUGUGUGGGCUCAGUCUGCCCUUAGCUUAAGGGGCCUUUUCCUGGAGGGUUGUUAAACAGAAAGGCACUCAGACCUUACCAGAAAUUUCUGUCCUGGACUUCACGUCCACGUAACAAAAUUAAUGUGGGCGAGUGACCUCCACGUGGCCACAUUUGGAGGCUCACCGUUCCUCACAACCUCCCUGAGCUGCUUCCUGUGCCUA